AAGCAAUGGGCAGCCGAGAAGCAGGCAGCUAGGUGGUGGGGGUCGGGGAGCAGGGUCAUCCUUGCACAACUACUUUUUAUUUACCUCCCUUUGAAGACGACACGAAUACACCUACUGCUUUCUGCAGCCCGUCCCUGUUGUUAAAGCUAAAAAGAACAGAGAGGAGACAGCGCAGAGAAAGAAUUGUGAGUGGCAAGCGGCGCGAGUGACUUCCGAUAUGUCAGUCCAGGCGGCGAGGUCCGCGGCUCGUGGAAGUUCUCCUUUACACGCACAGCGCCAUUCGCAUUGACGCGUGAGGUGAAACGUGAGCCCCUCUUGUCUUGCGCGGUCUUUCACGCGUUCGCGGCUGGGCGCCUGAGUCGCGCCGGGGUUGCCUCCCUGCCCCAUACUGUAGAUGCUAUUUAAUUUAAAGUACACUUUAAAAUGCACACACCCGCUAAUCGACCCCUUCACCUGCUCUUUAGUGAAUAAGCGCCUCUCAGUCAGUCCUUUUCCUAAUGAUCCGUCACGGAGGAGUCUACAGCUCUGACUCAUUUUUUAAGUCAUCGUUUCUGCUGACCGGGUCCCUUUACUUAAAGGGCCAGGCGACGUGCCCAGUAAAGUUUUAACUCGGCGUCUGGAGAACCGCGCAGUUUUCAUAGAAGCUGUAAUCCGGAGACUGUCUUCUGUUUCAGUCUGUCAAGCUCUUCCCGAGAUGUAGGAUCAGCAAAUCUCCCCCUCACUGCCUCUAGUGAUGCUCUUUGCCAGCCAACAGAGGAAUUUAUUUGCUUCUGCAUCUUAUGAAGUCCGCAACUUCAAUUAAAAAAUCAUUCAAUCUACCUGGCACACUGUUUUUCAACAAACAAAGGUGAGAGAGCCAAAAGCAAACAAAAGUCCAAACCUAUCAGCUUUCCGGGAAGGGUGCAGGUACUUGAAGCAACAGAUGGUCUGCAAUCAUUAAUGAAGGGAGAAGCUCUGAGCAGAGAACAUUGUGCAAAUCUGAGCAGGACAAUCACAAAAGGCUAAAAAUAUAAGAAGCUCAAUAAAUGCAGAAAAAGAAAUGCCUGGAAAAGGGCACUUUGAACCAUAUCACUGAAGAUGAGGAAACAAUAUCAUGAAAAGAAGUGGUAGUAUGCAUGGAUAUUUUGACAUGCUGGAAAAAUCAAGCAAUGGAGAUUUACGUUUUGCCUUUCACAAAGUUGAUUCUUCACCAGGGGCCACAUGUAAUCCCAGAUGACCUAAGAACUUUGGUUAAUUCAGCUCCUCUGAGGCUAUAAGAAAACUCACAGACAUGGUGCUGUGGCAUGUGCCGCUGCUGCAGAACCGCAAGAUUCAGCUACUUUUAGUCAACAUGUUGACUUUCGGCUUGGAAGUCUGCAUGGCAACUGGCACCACUUAUGUGCCUCCACUAUUGCUUGAGGCUGGAGUGUCAGAACAGUUUAUGACGAUGGUCCUAGCUGUUGGACCAAUCUUGGGUUUAAUCUUCGUUCCACUUAUUGGGUCUGCCAGCGAUCACUGGACUGGACGCUUUGGACGGAGACGGCCGUUUAUCUGGAUGCUAUGCACAGGGGUUUUUCUGAGCCUGCUGAUUAUCCCCCAUGUAUCUCAGCUAGCCCGAUGGUUAUCAAUAAAGACCCAAGGGUUGAAGGUGGCACUCCUUAUCACUGGCAUCUGUCUAAUGGAGUUUUGUGGACAGUCUUGUUUUACUCCUUUAGAAGCUCUUGUGUCUGACCUGUUUCAGAAUGGAGAAGAGUGUCAACGAGCUUUCUCUGUAUAUUCUUUCAUGAUCAGUCUUGGAGGAUGUAUUGGGUAUCUUUUGCCAGCAAUAAACUGGAACAGCAGCCCCUUAGUUCCAUUUGUAGGUGGACAGCAGGCAUUCCUGUUCCUGCUUCUCACUGUUAUUUUCCUAGUCUGUCUGAUGGGCACUAUGUUUGUCUCAGAAGAGGUGUUCAAAACAGAAACGCAGGAGAUCUCUGAAAAUGAAAUGUGCACAUACCACUGCCUACCACUGUUUCGUUCACGUACCCUGCUGUCUUCAGGGAAAAGUUGCCUUUCAGUGAUACCUCAGCUGAGUAAGCUAUUUCGACGGACGCCGAAAGUGAUCCGGCAACUGUUUAUAGCGGAGCUCUGCAGCUGGAUGGCUCUUAUGACCUUCAUCAUGUUUUAUACAGAUUUUGUUGGAGAGGGACUUUACAAGGGGGUUCCCAAUGCUGUGCCUGGUAGUGAAGAAAGACAAAGAUAUGAUGAAGGUGUUCGAAUGGGCAGCCUGGGGCUUUUCCUGCAAUGUGCAAUCUCACUGGUGUUUUCUACUUUCAUGGACAAGCUGGUUAAAAAACUGGGCACAAAGAUCAUCUAUCUGAGCAGCGUGAUCUUCCUUGUCUUCGCCACACUAGUCAUGUGUCUGUCUCAAAGUAUCAUUCUUGUGUCACUCAUGGCUGGUUUGACAGGUUACACCUUCUGCACCCUUCAGAUUCUGCCUUACACCUUGACGUCUUUGUAUCACAGUGAUAAGCAGAUAUUCUUUCCACGACACAAAGCAGUGGGAGUUGUCAUUCAGCCAAGUGACAACAAAAAAGGUUCCAGCAACAUGAAUAGACACACCGUAUCUCAUAAGACGUCCUACCCUAACGGCCACCCAGGAGGAAUGCCUAGUCCUUCAUCACCUACUUCAUCGCCAGAGUUUCACAGCUCCAUAAUAGUUAAUCACAGCUCACUCGGUGCAGCCACAGCCCCCCAAGUGAACCGAGGCAUAUGCUUUGACCUCGCCAUCCUCGACAGUGCUUUUCUGCUGUCCCAGGUGGUGCCCUCUCUGUUUAUGGGUACCAUUGUGAAGUUUACUCAUUCUGUAGCAGCCUACAUGGGCUGUGCUUCAGCCAUUGGUAUAGUGGCCAUAUAUUUCUCCACCAAGGUAAUCUUUGACAAGAAUGACUUGGAUCAGUAAUUGCACUCCUGCCUCCAUGGCUUUUGAAGGUGUCCUUUGAGAUGUUCAGUUAUCUUUCAGGAAAGUAAGAGAACUUUGCAAUUCUGCAAAUUGGGCACAAAAUUGUUUUACUGCUAAUUUUAUUUUCAGAAACUUUUGCAACACUACCAGCCAAUACCAGCAGACAAAAGUGUGUCUAAAUAGCACAGAGUCACUGUCUUUAAUAUCAAGAGGACAAAAGGUGCCUUCGUUACUAAAUUAUUUUAUAAGUUUUCCUUUUGUCUUGUACAUUCUGAAUUCUGAAUGAUAAGAAGUGGACUGGAAUCCUGCAUCAUAGAUAUGAACAUAAGAUUAAUAGAAGAAGGUCAGUCACUUCUUUUUGGUUUUUAGUGUUUGUUUUAUUUGUUUUAUUAUUGUCUGCCUUAGCUAUGUGGGAUUUUACAUAGAUAUAUAUAUAUAUUUGUGAGGGUGUUUGUAUGAAGAGUUCUUAUCAAUGUAACAAUGAAGCCAAAUUGAGAGAACUAAGAAAGCAGACUAAAGCAGGUGCAGGGCCAGUCAAGAGCGGCGUGUCUCAAUGCAAUUCAAUGAAGUCUAUAGGGUUGGGAGAAAAAUGGAGCAUCUCAGGGAAUCUGUGCCUCAAAAGCACUGAUGAGCUUUCAGGAAUGGCUACAACAAUCAUGAAAAUUGGAGCUGCUUUGACAGAUGGAUGAGCUGGGGUUGAUGGGGUAAAAGUAACCAUGAGAUGCCAUUUCAAAGAAAGUUUUCUUUUUCAAGAAAUUUGCCACACAUGUGCCACUCUAGAACAUUUGUUUAUUCAUAAAUAGAGAAUUAUGUGUAUUUAUUUAAAGGUGUAUAAUGAUUAUUAAUCACUCUUGUGGCAAUAUUUUUAACUGUAAAAGUUGUAAAGAAAAAGAGAAAAUGUUUUAUUUCCGGACAAGAAAAUAAUAUUAUUAUUUAUUAUGGUAAAAAAAAAUUUUAUGACACAAUUUUGUGUAUUGCUGAAAAAAUAUUGUCAUUGAUAAUAUAGAUUUUUUUCAAAUAAACAGAUUUUUUACUUAUAAAAUGUUGGGUCCAU